AACCCGCCGCAUCUCUUGCUGGCGGUUCGGUUUUGCCUCUUCUAGCAGCCUACCUUUUCCAGAAUGAUACAGAUCUUGGACCCAAGGCCCUUGCCAAGUUCCAUCAUGCCCGUGGACGUGGCCAUGAGAAUAUGCUUAGCCCAUUCCCCACCGCUGAAGAGUUUUCUCAGCCCCCUUGAGGACUGCCAAAGAAACAACUUUGUGAACAGAUUCAAACCUCUCAGACCGUGUCUUCACAUGAAAAGUGACUCCGAAGCUCAGAAGAGUGACUGGAACCACUCAGCAGCCCGAGCCAAGAAGCGAGUUGUGUUUGCGGACUCAAAGGGCCUGUCCCUGACAGCCAUACACACCUUCUCUGAGUUCCAGGAGCACCCUGGGUGGGAUCUUCAGUUUGACCUCUUAGGCAUUGAAAACAUAACAUCUGGCUUAAAGCUACAUGAGGAGAAAAACUUGAUUCUGAGUUUCCCUCGGCCCUCAGCUGACUACCUGGACUUCAGGAACCGUCUGCAGAAGAACUUGGUCUGCCUGGAGAACUGCACCCUGCAAGAGAAGGUGCUGUCGGGCACUGUGAAAGUAAAAAAUGUGAGCUUUGAAAAAAAGGUUCAGGUUCGAAUUACCUUUGACUCGUGGAAGACUUACACGGACGUUGAGUGUGUAUACAUGAACAAUGUUUACAGUGAUUCUGAAAAUGAUACCUUCUCAUUUACCAUUGACUUGCCUCCUGCCAUUUCCCCUGAAGAGAAGAUAGAGUUUUGCAUUUCUUACCAAAGUGGAGAACAUACCUUCUGGGACAAUAAUGAGGGUCAGAAUUACAAGAUUCUCCAUGCAGAGUGGAAGCCUGAUGGCGUUCAGAUACCAUCUGCCAAGAAAGACUGUGUAGAUCUUCAGACUGCAAGGAGAGGACAAGAAAGAGAGCCUGAUCAACUAGGCAGUCCGAGGCUGUCCACUGGUCUCUUUCCCCAGUGGCAGAGCUUGGGUCAGGUUGAAAAUUCAUCACCAUAUUGGUGA